CCACUCCCCACUCCCCAACAGAAGCAGCCAGUUGAAUUCCCAGCCAUGGGCGAGGUGACAGCAGAAGAGGUGGAGAAGUUCCUGGACUCGAAUAUUGGCUUUGCCAAGCAGUACUACAACCUCCGCUACCGGGCCAAGGUCAUCUCAGACCUCCUCGGUGCCAAGGAGGCAGCCGUGGACUUCAGCCACUACCACUCACUGAGCAGUGUGGAGGAGAGUGAAAUCAUCUUCGACCUCCUGCGGGACUUUCAGGAGAAUUUACAGACUGAGAAAUGCAUCUUCAACGUCAUGAAAAAGCUGUGCUUCCUCCUGCAGGCAGAUCGCAUGAGCCUGUUCAUGUACAGGACCCGCAAUGGCAUCGCAGAACUGGCCACCCGGCUCUUCAACGUCCACAAGGAUGCUGUCCUCGAGGACUGCCUGGUGGUGCCCGACUCGGAGAUUGUCUUCCCGCUGGACAUGGGUGUGGUGGGCCACGUUGCGCACUCUAAGAAAAUUACCAACAUCCCUAACACAGAAGAGGAUGAGCAUUUCUGUGACUUUGUGGACACCCUCACAGAGUACCAGACCAAGAACAUCUUGGCUUCCCCCAUAAUGAAUGGAAAGGAUGUGGUGGCCAUAAUCAUGGCUGUGAAUAAAGUGGACGCGCCCCACUUCACCAAGAGUGAUGAAGAGAUUCUCCUGAAGUAUCUCAAUUUUGCAAAUCUGAUCCUGAAGGUUUUCCACCUGAGUUACCUACACAACUGUGAGACACGGCGUGGCCAGAUUCUGCUGUGGUCUGGGAGCAAAGUCUUUGAAGAGCUUACGGAUAUCGAGAGACAGUUCCACAAAGCCCUGUACACAGUCCGUGCCUUCCUCAACUGUGACAGAUACUCUGUAGGUCUCCUAGACAUGACCAAACAGAAGGAAUUUUUUGAUGUGUGGCCAGUCCUGAUGGGUGAGGUUCCACCCUAUUCUGGUCCCAGGACUCCAGAUGGAAGGGAGAUCAACUUUUACAAGGUCAUUGACUACAUCCUGCAUGGCAAAGAAGACAUCAAAGUAAUCCCGAACCCUCCUCCUGACCAUUGGGCUCUAGCAAGCGGUCUUCCUACUUAUGUUGCCCAAAAUGGUCUGAUUUGCAAUAUCAUGAAUGCGCCUGCAGAGGAUUUUUUUGAAUUCCAGAAAGAGCCUCUGGAUGAGUCUGGAUGGAUGAUUAAAAAUGUCCUUUCUAUGCCGAUUGUGAACAAGAAGGAAGAAAUCGUUGGGGUGGCCACAUUUUACAAUCGUAAAGAUGGCAAACCCUUUGAUGAAAUGGAUGAGACCCUCAUGGAGUCUUUGACUCAAUUUCUGGGCUGGUCUGUCCUAAAUCCUGACACCUAUGAAUCAAUGAACAAGCUUGAAAACAGGAAGGAUAUUUUCCAGGACAUGGUAAAAUAUCAUGUGAAAUGUGACAAUGAAGAAAUCCAGGAAAUCCUGAAAACCAGAGAGGUGUAUGGGAAGGAGCCGUGGGAGUGUGAGGAAGAGGAGCUGUCUGAGAUCCUGCAAGCAGAGCUGCCGGAUGAAGAGAAAUAUGAAAUUAAUAAAUUCCACUUCAGCGACUUGCCCCUCACAGAACUGGAGCUGGUGAAGUGUGGGAUUCAGAUGUAUUACAAGCUGAAAGUGGUGGAUAAAUUUCACAUUCCGCAAGAGGCCCUGGUGCGGUUUAUGUACUCACUGAGCAAGGGCUACCGCAGGAUCACCUACCACAACUGGCGGCAUGGCUUCAACGUGGGACAGACCAUGUUCUCCUUGCUGAUGACUGGAAAAUUGAAGCGAUACUUCACGGACCUGGAGGCCUUGGCCAUGAUCACCGCUGCCUUCUGCCAUGACAUUGAUCACAGAGGCACCAACAACCUCUACCAGAUGAAAUCCCAGAACCCAUUGGCCAAGCUCCACGGGUCCUCCAUCUUGGAAAGACACCACUUGGAGUUUGGCAAAACACUGCUGAGGGAUGAGGGCCUGAAUAUCUUUCAAAACCUCAAUCGCAGGCAGCAUGAGCACGCGAUCCACAUGAUGGACAUUGCUAUUAUUGCCACAGACCUUGCCCUGUAUUUCAAGAAGAGGACAAUGUUCCAAAAGAUCGUGGAUGAGUCUAAGACAUAUGAGUCUGAGCAGGAAUGGACACAGUAUAUGAUGCUGGAACAGACGCGGAAGGAAAUCGUUAUGGCUAUGAUGAUGACUGCCUGUGAUCUCUCAGCCAUAACCAAACCCUGGGACGUGCAGAGCAAGGUAGCUCUGCUGGUUGCUGCAGAAUUUUGGGAACAAGGUGACCUGGAGCGCACGGUGCUGCAACAGAAUCCCAUUCCCAUGAUGGACAGAAACAAGGCUGACGAACUCCCCAAGCUUCAGGUUGGCUUCAUUGACUUCGUAUGCACCUUUGUCUACAAGGAAUUCUCCCGUUUCCAUGAGGAGAUCACCCCCAUGCUGGAUGGGAUCACCAACAACCGCAAGGAGUGGAAGGCUCUUGCUGAUGAGUACGAGGCCAAGAUGAAGGCGCUGGAGGAGGACAAACAGAAGCAUCAGGCGGCCAAGCAAGCAGCCACAGGAAAUCAGCAAGGGGGGAACCCUGGCUCUGGAGGGGGCGCCCCUGCAUCCAAGUCCUGCUGCAUCCAGUAGAACAAAUGGAAAUCUAUUCACAAGCACGGCCCCUCCCUUCCUGGGAAGAAAUUACCCAAGCCAGUGGAAGGCCACACACCUUCUUGAGAAAUGCAAGUCAGGAUUUGAAAGCUGAAAGAAAAUUUAGCUUACACCUUAUCUAGUGGUUUUCAAACAUUUUUUUAGCCUUGAGAACUUUUCAUUAAGCUAAAACCAAUGUUAUAGCUUUCACAGACAUCACUUAAAUAUUUAAUUAAUAUUAUAUCCAUCUGCUUGCUUAGAAUCAUUUUUGUUCAUAUAAUUUCAUUUAAGGUCUUAUAAAAAUUUCAAUCAUUCUCAAAAGUAGAGAAUUUUACAGUGAAUCUCCACAUACCUAUCACCCAGAUUCAGAUAUUAAGAUUUUGCCACAUUUGCUUCUUUUUUACAUUUUUUCCUUAUUUUUCUUCUCUGAGUAUUUUAAAGAAAACUCCAGACAUUAUGUCAUUUUACCCCUUCAUUACACAUCUUUAAAGAAACACGGACAUUUCUUACACCAUUAUCACAUCCAACAAAAGAGUAGUAAUUCCUCACUAUCAUCACAUGGUGGGUGCUGUGGGAUGGGUGCCCAGUUCCCCCUUCAACGAAGGACUUUUGACCCCAGCAGCUGUGAGUCCUGUCAGUGACAAACCUGUGUCUGCCUCUUCAGGGAUUGCCUUGGCUGAAGGAGCUCCUUUUCCCAAGGUCAUGUUCUCUCCCAGGGUGGCCCAUAUGCCAUGAAGGAUCUAGGCCAGUUGUCUUGGUCCAACACAGGACAACUCUGAGGGCCAUUUUAGCUCCUGAACUUCCUGUGGGUUCAACUACCGCUGUCCCUGGGCUUGUGUUGCAGCUCUACUAGUCCCUCUGCCCAUUCCUUCCUCCUUCCCUCUCCCUCCCCAGUCCCAAGGGCACGCCCAAUAAACAUCCUGCAGACUAAGUCUGAGGCUGCUUUCUGGGGAAUCCAACCUGUGAUUGGAUUUUCCUCAUUGCUGCAAAAAUAUCCUUAAUAGUUGGUUUGCUUGAAACUGCUCCUAACAAGUUUAGCAUAAUAGAUUUAGUUGUCAUGUCUCUUAAAUCUCUUUUACUCUACAGCAGUUCUCUUUUUUUUUUUCUUUGCCGGUGACUUGUUGCAGAAACAGUCAGCUGUCCUGUAGAAUGUUCCAUAGUCUAUAUUUAACUGCCUGCUUCCUUUGGGUGGAGUAUAAUGACGUUGUAAUAACGUUCCUGUCCCGUUCUCCUAUAAAUGGACGUUGGCGCUACAGAUAACUUCUUUUUCUCCCAAACACAAUGUUAUGCAGAAGCCAAUAUAUUAAAGCAGUUACUUUGAGGAGACAACCACAUGGCUUCUCUAAACUGUUUAUAAGCCACUGAUCUACUGUAACCUCACUUUUUAUACAAAUUAGGAAACCGAAGGCCAAAGAAGGGGACAGGGCUGGGCCAAGUUCACAGCACAGUUCCCAGGCUUCCCUCUGGAAGAUUCUCAAGGUUAGAGCACACCUGGUAGAGGGCACACAUCCCUGCGACUUGUACUGCACCGCACUAAGGGCUCCACACGUACAAGACCUGCCCAUAUUUACACGCCAUGAUGUCAACAGGGAGCUGGGUCUGGAAUCCUCAUCUUGAGAUUCCCCAGCUAGAUUUUCUGCCCUCCUGAAAUCGACACUCAUUGGUGUUUUAAGCAGAGGCGUGUCCCUAAACAUGUCACAUAUGGUGGUUAAGUGGUAGGGUGGAGAAGAAAUCCAUGUUACCCAGGAACAAGCAGGCACUGAUGCUGCUGGCCCUGGCUCUGUCCCUACAUUUCUGAGUCCUCUGGGCAGGUUCCCUCUGCUGUCUCUGCUCCACAGCCUUUCUCAUUUGUCAGAGGGUCACACUCCUGGCCAUGCCUCUCUCACGGGGCUAUGGUUAGCACCAAAUGAGACUGCGAAUGAUGGGGGUCAAGGCUAACAUGUAUUAGGGGCUUACCACGUGCUAAGUACUGUGCAUGAUCUAAUUUCAUCCUUACAACCCCAAGGGGAAGACAUUGUUACCAGCCCCUUCUAUCAAAUGAUGAGGAUGAGGCUCAGAGAGGUUAAGGAACCUUCCCAAGGAUGCCCAGCGAGUAAGUGGUAAAGUCAGGACUCGAAGCAGACUGCAGCUUGUAGCCAUUUUCUCUGUACCACACUGCUUCUGAGAAUCAGCUUUUUUAGAUCACAAAAGGACCUUUGAGUUCAUCUAAGCAAAUCUGUUCGUUUUAUAGUUGAGGAAACCAGGGACCAAAGUGGUGGCUUGUCUAAGCUGCACAACACAAAAGUGGUGGAGCUGGGCCUCCAACUCAGGUUUUUUGAGGCACUAAAUCUGCCAUUCGGGUCCUGGCACUGCUGAUGCACUUUCUUUAGAAGGGACUAUUUCUUGUGAUUUUUGUGGCUUGGCUCUUUCCCUGGCUGUGUACAGUCAUUGAGCCACAGGGUAGGAUUCCCUUACUCAUCUAUUCAGGAAACCCUGACUGAUGGGAGUCUGGGCACCCCGCAGUGAACGAAGCAGCAGCCCUGCUCUCCUGGAGCUUACCAUCCAGCAAGGGGACAACAGAUCUGCACAAUCAAUCACACAGACACCCAAUUCACUCUAAUUCGGGCCGAGAACUGUUGUAUGGAAACAUUCUCGUUCUUUUUUUUUUGUUUAAUUUCCGUUUCAUUUUUUUCCCCAGAAAUUGAUUUUUCCUUGGUCUUUAUGGACUCAGCUCUUUACGUGGGCUUUGGCAGAGGCGGUGGGGCAGCACCUGCAGGUCUAAAUUGGCAUGGGGAUGUCCAGUCCUUCUGGGCUUUGCGAAUCAGUUUCUGACUGCCUUGCCAAGAAAAGCACAACUCACGCAGUCAUGUAGCUUCACAUACAACUUAGAAACACAAAGGAGUCAAAGACACUUGCUUCGGAAAUGUCCCUGCUGGCUGCGGCCUCUACUAUGUUUCGAAUGAUGAACUUCUUAAUGGCCUUAUCCUUGGGCACGCAGAGGCAUGGUUCAUGCAGCAAAUAGGCUGCACGUGGCUGCAGCCCUUUCUGGCAUGACUGUGGUUCCUUCUUUUCUUCAUUAUCUUGGAAGCGAACACCCGAGAUAGCCAUCCCC